AUGCAUGCCCAUGGCCAAAAUAAGAAAACUCAACACUAUGGUGUAUAUGUUGAGGGAACCACUGAUGCUGAUAAUUACAGGCUUAUAGAAGAUAUUUUGACGAUCGAGUAUCAUGGUGCCGUUGGGCUUAAAGCCAUGAUUUUCAAAUGCAAGUGGUUCAACACUAUAGAAGGCCGUGGAUUUCGCAAACAUCCUUCUGGUAUCGUCGUUGUGUCUCUGCGUAGACAAUAUGAGAAAUAUGAUCAUUUUAUAUUAUCUGGUAAUUGUGAUCAAGUAUGUUUUAUUCUUUAUCCACACGUUCGUCGUUCCUCAUCUGAUUGGUGGGCCUGUACAAAAGUUAUGCCACGAGAUUCUCGUGAAACUUCUGAAGUAGCUCUACAAGCUGUACAAGACGAUACACACAACCACUUUGUAGCAGCAAGUGCAAUGAUACAAAUCGAAACGCAUGACGUGGAAGAUGCUUCCGAUUAUGAUAUGCAACCCGUAUGUCCUCCAAAUGAUGAAUACAUAUCAGAAGAUAAAUUAGAAAAUUCAGCUAAUGACUCUGAUUCUGAUACAGAUUAUGGUUGUGGUUCUGAUUAA